AUGAGUGAAAGAAAGCCAGUGUGCAAAAUAGACUCGUACUCAAGAAUGCUUGCAUCCCAAAUAAAAAACACAAAGGCGUUUCUGGCUCUUGAAGAUAUCCACAAAAUAGAUAAAGCACUCAGUGUAUUUAUAGUAGAUCCCUAUCUAAGAAUACAGAAUGUGCACAGCCGGCUGAAAGAAUCUACCUUUACGCACCUUAUACUCACAGAUAGCACAAAAGUGCGGAGUAGAGAUGAAGGCGCCAGAGUUUUAGCAUAUAAGAGAAACAGUAUACACUUAGACAGCCAAAUAUCACAGCCUUCUCUGCAGCAUACUUCAUCUGUGAGGCUGGGAUACGAUGAGUACAUGCACAUAAAGAGACAAAAACAGCUUGAAGAAAUGUUCGAUGCAGAGAUUAGAAAGAAUGAAUGGGUCUGUGAUAGACUUAGAGAGUAUGUGAAAGAGCAGACAAAAGAGUCUCCGCACACCCUCUAUCUUAUUCUCCUGGAAGGACACUCUUUAUUGCUCCCCUGUAGUGUUUAA